AUUCAAAUUGCCAACAUAUUUUUUCAGUGUCAAGUUUAGUAACUUUAUCUAGAGUGUAUAGAGUAUGAAGUUUUAAUUUUGGACUACUAAGAAAAGUACUAAGGAAAAAUAUACAUGCAUUAAAAUGCUGAACUUGGAAAUGACUAUUUCUUAUGUAAUAGAAUGAUCAUGAAUCCGUUUUAUAAAAACAAUUCAAAUUUGGGGAAAUUUUGGGUUGACAUGUUGGCCAUCUUCUAACUCUGUUUGCAUGAUUGAUGCUGCUUGGCGUUAUAUGAAAGUCGGUUUGCUCAAAGUUUUUCGUAAAUUAGGAUAACCAAGGUAUAAUUAUGAGCUUAUCCCAGUUUCCUACAAGUCGUAGAGGAUCAAACAAUUUCUAAAAACAAAAUAAAUGUGACCAACUUCGUAAUGACUGGCGUGAAACGAAAACUGCGUAAUGACUGGAGUGCUAGAAAUUGCCCCACUAAGAACUCAUUAAUAGAAUGGACAAGACCAGUUUACAAAGGUACGAAUGGCUCUGGUUUGGUUUUAUGUAAACAAGGAAGCUUCACAGCCGAUCGCACGACAGUAGUUGAGGCUGCCGUGGAUGACCAAGUUGUUAGAAUACCAUUGUACAGACACAAUUUGAAUGAUUUUAAAGCAAAAUAUGAACAUUGGCUGAAACGACAAGCAUCUGUGGGAAACAAGAGUAGAACUGUAAGUAAUUCACAAGGGCAAGGUAAGUCAAAAGAAUCUACCCUUUCAAGACAAAGAGGAAGGCCACCAAAAACUGCAAAUAAGCUGACUGCUGAUAAGUUGACUGCAAGACAAAGGACGAAUCAACUUAAACUUGACAGAUCUGCCAGAAACAAUGCAGUCAAGAGAAAUAUUAGGGUUAAAAUACCUUUUAAACCUUUGACGUCAAAAACGCCUAAGCAGGUGAAGCCACUUCCCAAAGUUAAAAAUGCACAAACCCAUGUGAAAAAUGGGAAAAUUCACAAUAAGAAAGUGGAUAAGUCGAUGAAAAAAAGUAAAUUGAAGCAGAGUUCCAAGCUGAAAAGCAAAACUUCAGUGAAAAAACUAAAUCCCAAAAAUAAAACCUCCCCAUAUAGGACAAUGAAUAAACCCAGAUAUUGCCUCCAAAUGAACAACAAUUAUCAUGAAUCAGAUUCACAACGAGAUAUAUACAGUUUCAAAUUUACUGAAUUAGUCAAACAAGUGAAGGAUGUGAAAUUGCCAUCUCCUACUUGGAAAAUUAAAGUUAUGGUGAAGAAAGGGAAAAUUACCACUGUUAUUUUCACAAACAAGCUAGCAUUGGAGCGAUCUGUCAGCUUUCAUGCAGAUAAUGAUGCAUACAGAACAGUUAUCAACAAUAAGCCUGCAGUUUUACUAGGAUCUCCAGGAUUUUUGAAUGACCUUGAAGAUACUGAAAUCUUAUUGGAUAUUUUACAACAUAUUGAUCCAAAUAGUUCUACGAUACUGUAUAAAUAAGAUUGUAGAUAUAAUUUUCAAGGUGUAUGCAUAUUUUGUUACAAAAAUGAAUAAAGUUUGUAUAGUUUUUAGUAAGUAUUAUAUAAGUUUUGCUGUGUCAGUGUAAAAAGCCAUUAUUUUUUGUAAUACCUCAAUUAGGCGUUUCUGCAAAUUCAUUCAUUAUACUUCAUGCUAAAAGAAAUGCAUCAUAUUUUAACUAAACCCUUUUGAAUCUGACAAAGUUAAUGAUUUAAUCCAAUACUUCUAGUUUUUGACAAAAAUGUGUAUGCAUUAGAAGAGGGGAGAAGACUGAAAUUUCACCAACUUUCAAUGUUUUGCUAACUGUAACAAAAUUUGGCCAAAGAGUAGUUAUAUAAAAAGACAGGCAAGGCGAAUAAAAUUAGAGAUAAAAGAUGACUCCAAGAACAUGACUUCCACAAAACCUGUUGAUGACGCCUAACCACGUGCAGUUUUUUAGUCGCAGAUAAAUACGGUGCUGCCAGAUAGAUAAUCCUUUUUGCAUCCCACAAAAUAAAUUUCCAUUCAAUAAAGUUAUAAAUCACAUUUUUCGCGAAAGAAGUUAUUCUCAAAACCUGCGGGAAGUUAUCACAUAACUACGAGUAUUAGCUCUUGGGACCUUACCAGAAAUAUUACACGAUUUAAUUUAGUAACAAAAGUUGAACGUCGGCUUCAAUAUACAAGUUUUCUAACCUCUAACUUGUAUAUUGGUCCAAUCGUCGGUCUACUUGACAUGAAUUCCAGUUAUCUAGACAGUUUGAGGCGAUAUGUUCUCUAUUCGUCAUUGUCGGUCAGAGCGGUCCGUAGGACCUUUGCUCUUGGUUGAAGUCUUGUAAGUCAGUAAGUCUGUCAGGUCUGGUUGCCCAGAUACCAAAGUCAGGGAGAAAGAAGGGAAGAAGACAGGAAGGAAGGAGGGAGAGCAAAGAAAAAAGAAGUGCGUAAAUUGAUCCUAAAAUUAAUUUUGGGAUUGGUUCUUAAAGAAAAAUUAUAAUUUUGGUUGGACCUAAAGUCGCACUAUUUAAUUUUGUUCACAGUGCGAGUCGCGGCCUUGUGUGCUUGCGAACUUACUCGACUUUAUAGUCUAAUGACUCGCGCAACAAAGGGUUGUUAUGCGAUUCCGCUUGACUAUAACGUAGCUGCGCUUGUUGUUUGACGUAGUCCCUUAGGUAAGGGAUGUGAAGGGCUCGUUGGAAACAUACCACGGAGCUUUAGUGAUUGUACGCAAGGUUCUGUUCUGCAAAACCUGCAGGCUACGCAAAUGCGUUUUGGCGAGAAAACACCAAGCCGCCCUUGCGUAAGUGAUCGCUGGUCUAAUAUCCAUCUUGUAUAGCCAAAUUUUGUUGAUCAAACUUAAUUUUGAUGUUCUACAUAGCAUAGGAUAGAGUUGCCAGAAUUUAGUUUUUAACGCUUCAGUGUGCCGGUCAUUCCCUUGUCAAGAGUGACACCGAGAUACUUAGCAGAGCUCCAUUCACUGAAACCUCAGACGGGGCGCCGCUACGUUUUUUAGUACAAUAGAUUGCCUGCGUUUUCGAAUGAUUAAUUUUGAUCAGCCACCGAUUCGCCCAUUCCAAUACCUCGUCCACUGCACUUUGCAGCCUGUCGUGAACUAGAUCCACAGAGCACGACUGGGCCACCAGGGCAGUGUUAUAGCAUAGAGACAGAUUUCACAUUUGCUGGGGCAAGGGACGUCAUGAAUAAAAAGUGAAUAAAGGUCUGGUCCAAGAACCAAACCCUGAGGGACACCGGCUUUGAUGGGCCGUGUUAUGAGAAAUGUUAUGUUUAUACGUAUUUCGUAUGACUUUUUGACGUAACCACCAAAGGAAAAGAACUUCAUUCAGCUCAGUAUAAUGCCUGCACUUCACUUUAGGCGAUGAUCUUUGAUUGUUCAUAAUAGGUACGAUCAUCGUGCAAGCAUCGACACGAGCGUCCGUGGUAGUUGGUCGAACGGAAAGUAUCAAUAUGACUCGGCGAUUCCCUUUGAUGCGAGUUGCCGAGUUUGCUGUUUAGCAUCAAAAUGCGUAAACCGUGACUAGUUUUUAUCGUAUCACAUCAGUACGCGAUGAUGCAAUAAAGCAUUUGCAAUCGGCUUCCCUACGGCAUUGGAGCGAUCGGCGGAUUGUAAAAACAUUCCACGGAGUGUCUUCUCUUGAUAUAACUAUUCUUUGGCUUAACUGUAUUUUUAUCUACACUAAAAACCAAAUACCACUGAUUUCGAAAUGUAUACGAGAGAGAAGUGUGCAAUACGUGUGUUAGAAAGAGAUAGAAGCAUCUGGUUGCCUAGAACCCGAGUGACGAGGCCACGGACGCCAUCGGAGCAUUCUUUCUAACUUACAUACCGGACGCUUCUCUCUCUCUCUCUCUCUCUCUCACUCUACGACGGCAGUCAAAUUUUAACCUCACUGUAUAUAACGGGUUUGCUUGUAGGUACACUUGCAAUGUCUUAUUUUCAUUGUUCAAUAAGAAAAUACGAAAAUAUGCAUUCAUUAAAAAAUAUUGUAUAUAUUAUUAUGUCAUAUCUUGUGUGACACAUUUUUUGGGCACAUUUUUACAAUAACCAUAACUAGACUUAGCAAUUCUGAAAACCUGGCGUUGCGGUAUGACUGAUGUGAGGAAUUCGGGUAAAAUAUUUUCAAAAUGGUGACGCUUCCAGUUGUACCGGGAGUAAAUACAAACUUGCUAAUUUUGAAUCGAACAGUCAUAUACUAUACUCAAUUUCUGAACUCUCCUCAUGGUAAACACAUUUCAUCCUAUACUAAACUUUAACUGUUCAUUUGAUAUUUUGCUAAUUAAUAAUACAGGGUCAAGAAAAUUGGAUGAAGAUUAAAUUUUAAACUAUUUCAAAAGUCAAUUUUUUCAAAGGGACUCCCCUGUUUUUUUAAUCUCCUAUUCAGCAAUAAAAAUAAGGAUAGUUUUUUAUAGGCUUUUAUUAUUAUAUUUAGGACAUAUGUAUUUGCAAAUACUCGUUUUAU